AUGGCGCAGGUCAACCACGUCCAAACCCGCCCUCAACCCAAUCCCCGGUUGUCCUUGAUUCCGCCAACAUGGGAGACAGAGGUUCGCGAACUCACCUUGCGUGAGCGCCGAGAGGCCAGCCUCGCUCUUGCCCACAGCUUCGCUGCCGAUCCGCUGUCCCUGUAUGUCAUGGGCGUGGAUGACGCGACUUGCUGGCCGUCCGAGAAGCUUUGGAGGCUGCAUAUCCGGCUUAUGCAGUACUCGUAUGUUUCGUACCGGCUCAGGGGCGCUGCAACGGCCAUCGGCGGAGACUUUGACGCCAUUGCUUUGUGGAUGCCCCCAGGGACAACCAACGACGACUGGCUCGCCACGCUCUGCAGCGGAACCUGGCGUCUGUGGUACCAGCUCUCUCGUGAGAGCCGGAUACGUCUCUUCAAUGAGCUGUAUCCUGCGCUGCAUGACACCAAGGCUGAGGUGUUGGGCGACCGCAACAGCGACAGCUAUUACCUGGGCUACCUGGGCACCAAGGAGAGCUCGAGGGGCAAGGGACAUGCCACCAAGUUGCUAAGACAUAUCAUGGAAAAGGCUGACGCUGAAAACCGCGCCAUGUACCUUGAGUCGUCAAACGAGUCCAAUAACCGAUUCUACGCCAAAUUUGGAUUCGAACUGAAAAAGGAAAUCGUCCUGACUCGCGGUCCGGUUCCUAUCCGCCUGUUCUGCAUGCUGCGGGAGCCUCAAAAUGACAAGACUAGUAGCUCGGUCGAUAUGGGGGGCGAAAAGGACUGA